AUGCCCAUUCCCAAAGUGGAUCCGGGGCUGUUGCAUUUGGAAAACGAGCUUCGCAAAGACUUGUUCGAUGCCUUGGAGGCGCGCUUGUCGCCAAUCGUGGCACGCUUGAAUGCGCUGGAAGCGCACCUCGUUCAAGGCAAGGAAGAGGAUGGGCUCUUGGCCACCAAUAGCGAUGACAAGCUUGUUCAAGUCGAGGCGCAAGUCCUGGACGUAAACGCGGCGUUCUUUCCGUGUGCCUUGGAUUCCUGGCCAGCCAAGGAGCAAUGUGAGCGGGUUCAUGUCGGGGAGACCGUCUGGAACUUUGUUCUUGUGAUCGGCCUGUUGGAUUGCGGCACUCUGGAUACUUGGAUCGCGUUCGUCAUCAUGCUUGGGAAUGCUCUGAUGCAAACUUUGUUUUGCAUUGCCAUCUUGUCUCCAGAAUUUCGUGGGACUGCAUUUGCUUCGCAACUUGCCGUUGCACAGGAGUGGCGGCUGGGCGUGGGCCAUGAUUCUACAUACAUGGACAGUACUCCCACAAGCUUGGUCGCUCGAGUCUGUGCAAAUGAUGAGACAUUGAUUUUGGCAAACUCACAAGCCGCAUUGGUCCGCGACAUCACGUCGUACCUGGGCUUCGACGCGGCGCAGGGCAUCUCGUUCCUUUCUCCGGGGCCGCUACUUAGCAUGCUGUGCAUUCUGCAUUGGUGCCUCUACAUCUUUGAGGAGUUUCGAAGCAUUUACAGCACUUCUCAGGCAGUUGGCCGGGUGGCUUGGGGCCAGCAAAGUGAGCUGCAGGGGGGGCGUUUGGUCUGCAUCUCUUACCAGCGUGCUUUGUCGUACUUCGUGGUCACAGCUGCGCGCACAUGUAUCGCGGCGGUGCUGCUGUAUGCCGGCGUGUUGUGGCUAGCAGGGACCACAUCUAUUGCAUCCUUGAUGGUGAACAGUGUGGCACUGGCUGCGAUCAUGGACAUCGACGAGAAAAUGUUCGCGGCACUCAUGCCACGGCAAAUUCAAGUAGAAAUGCAGACCUUGAGUCCAUUCGCUGCGACCUUCAGUCGCUGGGCCAGCCAAUUGGAAUCUGUACUUCUCAACACCGUGAUCUCAGGUCUGCUUGGCUGGUCCUUCGUUUGCUUGAUCCAUCCGCUGAGCCAAGAGAUGCGUGACGUGAAGCAGGCGUAUUGUGGUGGAAACCAAGACUUCGUCCUCAAGGCGAACGCAGACGUCCAGUUGGCAGUGGGUAUUAACACCGCUCCUUUUGCACAAGGAGGAAAUCUGUCCUUGAGCAGUUUAGCCGUCGACGAGUUGCUGCACACAAGCUCGCGGAGGAACCUGAAGUAUGUGGUAGUUGCUCACGCACUAUCGGAUUUCGGGAGGUGGUCUACCGGCAGCAUAAGUGAGUGGGGAGUGGCGCAACUUCAUGGCUGCCAGCAGUGGGAAAACAGCGGAUUCCUCACUGCUGCAGCAGUUGCGCUCGGCCAUCCAGCGAGAACAGGCUUGUCGUGCAGUGACCUUGCCUCGGACUGCCUCCGCCCAGAAGCCCGGCUGCUUCGGAUGCUAUGUCCCAGAACAUGUGGCUGCGAUGAUCCCCGCCUACCAUGGUUCAAAGUAUCCUCUCUAGGCUGCGCGCAAGCUUGCCUGGAUGAAGCGCAGGAAGCAUCGGCGGCUGUGCCAUGCAAAGAUGCAGGCUUUGGCUCUCGAUGGAAUCAGGCAUGGCAGACGUGGCCCGCAAUUUGGCUCACCGCCUUCAACGGUGAUCCUUCCACACGGGAUGGUCAAGAGCGCCUGGUUCACUUGCGGAACAUGUCACGCUAUGUCCAGGAGAAGGGGUGCAGCGCCAUCAGGUCGAUGAACUUACCUCAGGGGAUACCAUUCCAAGGAGAUUCUGUUUGCAGCGGUUGGAACAUGCUGAUCUCCUCCAUCGCGAAUCUGUGCCCAGAAGCCUGUGAGUGCACAAAGCGGCACUCAGACCCCGAGAGCGGUUGCCCGCGCAGCUGUGGACUUUGA